AUGAUCCAGGACCCAGCCCAGGAGAGGAAUGCAAACGAGGGAUGGAAGCAGGGAGGGGAGGAAGAAGAGGAGGAGAGGGAGGGCAGCUCAGAGACCUGCCUGUCUGCCUGCCUGCCUGCCUGCCUCUGUGCCGCCCCUGGAACUCACUGGCUGCCCGCCUUCUCGCCUGCCCGCCUGCCUGCCUCUGUGCUGCCUCUGGAACUCACUGGCUGCCCGCCUUCUCGCCUGCCCGCCUGCCUGCCUGCCUGCCUUUCUGCCUGCCUCUGUGCUGCCCCUGGGACUGACUGGCUGCCCGUCUGCCUGCGAGCCUGCCAGCCUGUCUGCCUGCGAGCCUGCCUGCCUGCCUCUGUGCUGCCCCUGGGACUGACUGGCUGCCCGUCUGCCUGCGAGCCUGCCUGUCUGCCUGCCUGCCUGCCUGCCUCUGUGCUGCCCCUGGAACUCACUGGCUGCCCGCCUUCUCGCCUGCCCGCCUGCCUGCCUGCCUGCCUGCCUGCCUGCCUGCCUGCCUGUCUGCCUGCCUCUGUGCUGCCCCUGGAACUCAUUGGCUGCCCGCCUUCUCGCCGGCCUGCCUGCCUGUCUGCCUGCCUCUGUGCUGCCCCUGGAACUCAUUGGCUGCCCGCCUUCUCGCCUGCCUGCCUGCCUGCCUCUGUGCUGCCUCUGGAACUCACUGGCUGCCCGCCUUCUCGCCUGCCCGCCUGCCUGCCUGCCUGUCUGCCUGCCUCCUGCCUGUCUGCCUGCCUGCCUGCCUCUGUGCUGCCCCUGGAACUCACUGGCUGCCCGCCUUCUCGCCUGUCCGCCUGCCUGCCUGCCUCUGUGCUGCCUCUGGAACUCACUGGCUGCCCGCCUUCUCGCCUGCCCGCCUGCCUGCCUGCCUGCCUGCCUGCCUCUGUGCUGCCCCUGGAACUCACUGGCUGCCCGCCUUCUCGCCUGCCUGCCUGCCUGCCUGUCUGCCUGCCUGCCUGCCUGCCUGCCUCUGUGCUGCCCCUGGAACUCACUGGUUGCCCGCCUUCUCGCCUGCCCGCCUGCCUGCCUGUCUGCCUGCCUGCCUGCCUGCCUGCCUCUGUGCUGCCCCUGGAACUCACUGGCUGCCCGCCUUCUCGCCUGCCUGCCUUCUCUUCUGCCUGCCUGCCUACCUGCCUGCCGUCCUCUGUGUUGCCUGUCAGCCUGCCUGUGUGCCUGGCUGGCAUGGAACAGAACAGUACAGGGUAA